AAAAAGUUAAUUAAAUCAGACAGCAAUUUGGUUAAGUUUUUUUUAAAAAAAAAAUGGAAAGCAGCAGGUCAGUGAGAUCACCACCGCCUGCAUCAAUUAUUAUAAAACCGAUAAACAAGAAUGCUAUUCAUAGAAUCUGUUCAGGUCAAGUGAUUUUGGACCUCCCUUCUGCUGUUAAGGAGUUAGUUGAGAACAGCUUGGAUGCCGGUGCUUCCAGUAUCGAAAUCGGCUUGAAAGAAUACGGCCAGGAAUCGUUUCAAGUUGUCGAUAACGGUUGCGGCAUUUCCCCAAACAACUUCAAGGUUUUAGCGCUUAAGCAUCAUACGUCAAAACUAACGGAUUUCCCUGACCUUCAAUCGUUGACGACUUUCGGGUUUAGAGGUGAAGCUCUUAGUGCUUUGUGUAACUUGGGAGAUUUGACAGUUGAAACGAGAACGAAGAAUGAAAAAGUUGCGACGCAUUUGACUUUUGACCGGUCGGGUGUGCUUACUGAUGAGAAAAAGACGGCACGACAAGUUGGUACAACUGUUACUGUGAAGAAUUUGUUUUCUAACUUGCCUGUGAGAUGUAAAGAGUUCCACCGUAACAUUCGGAAAGAGUAUGGCAAGUUGAUCUCUUUACUCAAUGCCUAUGCUCUGACUGCAAAAGGGGUUCGGCUGGUUUGUACAAAUACGACUGGAAGAACUAAAAACACUGUAGUGAUUAAAACACAGGGAAGUGGUUCCCUCAAAGAUAACAUCAUUACAGUGUUUGGCACAAACACUUUUAACUGCUUAGAAUCCGUGAGUCUAUUUAUUUCAGAUACUUGCCAGGUGGAUGGGUUUCUUUCUAAGCCUGGCAACGGCAGUGGACGGCAUUUAGGUGAUCGACAGUAUUUUUUUGUAAAUGGUCGACCAGUUGACAUGCCAAAGGUCAGUAAGCUUGUGAAUGAACUUUACAGAUCUGCAAAUUCAAAGCAAUAUCCAAUCGCAAUCAUGAAUUUUGUUGUUCCAACCAAUGUGUGUGAUGUUAAUGUGACUCCGGAUAAAAGAAAAGUCUUCUUCUCUGAUGAAGGCUUGCUUCUGAAGUCAUUGAAGGAAGCUUUAUUAAAGAUCUAUUCCCCAAAUCUUGCUAGCUUCACAGUACAACAAUCUGAGGAAAUCAGCCAGGAAAUGAACACCAAGUUGUGUUCACCACGUGACAAGUCUUUUUCAGAGGUUUCACAGAAACAAGUAUCACCUGAGAAAAGUGCUAGUAAAAAAGAAGCAUGCAGUGAGAAGCAACUUAAAGAAACAAUCAGUGUUGUAAGUGAAGGUGAAGAGACACCAAGAUCCUCCCCUGCUGUUAAUGUGAUCAAUGUUGAAGAUUACAGUUUAUCAAAGAGAGAUUUUACACUUAGAUCUCAUGGCAUGAGGAAAGCAGAUACCUUUUCUGGGAACUUUAGUAAGAAGCAAGCAGUUAUAAGUAACGACACUACUUACAAUCGGCAGAUGUCAUCAUACAGCUCAACAAUGCACAAAAUUGUUGCCGAAGGAACAGAUUCGCCUUGUUCUUCAGGUCCCAUUCAGUCAAGGCUUACAUCAUUUGUUACCGUAAACAAGAGGAAGCUUGAAAGUAUCACUAAUAAUUCAUCUGAGGUGCCGGUCCUUAGAAAUGGACCCAUCCUUCGUCAAUCAGUUAAGCAAAAUUCUAGUUUUCCUUCUACAUUUUCAAAGAAUCCAAUGAAGCUUCAUGUGGUUGAUGAUUCUGAUGAAGUUGAUAGGAAUGAGUCAAAGCCAUCCGUUGGUACCAUGAAGGAUGAAGACUACAUGGAAUUAGAUGUCUCACCUAAUAAAGUCAAUACAAAAUUUGGACAAGUUGACAAGGACAUAAUAACAGUAGAGACACCUUCACUUGCUCCAAAACCAGUAUUAGAUGCUUCAUCUCCUAAAAAUAUCAAUGAUGCCCCAGAUGUAGUAGACAUGUCUACUCCAUUACAUUCUUCUCAGCCAGCUUCAGAUACACUAGAGUCUUCUUCUGGUCCAAAGAGGUGUUAUACCAUGAAGUUCAGUUUUGAGGGACUAAAGAAGUGGAGGCACCAAAAAAUAUUAGCAUUUCAAGCAAGCAAAAAUAAAUCUGAAGUAUCAAAGCACAAAAGAAGCUAUGCCGAUGCAACAUUAGAGAUUUCACAAGUGGUAAAAGAAGAUGCCAAGGCACGAGCUUUGUCUGCAGCAACAAGGGAAUUGGAAAAGCUAUUCAAGAAGGAAGAUUUUGGCCGCAUGAAGAUUAUUGGGCAAUUCAAUCUUGGAUUUAUCAUUGGCAAGUUGGAUCAAGACCUCUUUAUAGUGGAUCAGCAUGCUGCGGAUGAGAAAUACAAUUAUGAGCAUUUAUCACAGUCAACCAUCUUGAAUCAACAACCUUUGCUGAGACCAAUAGUGGUGGAGUUAUCCCCUGAAGAGGAAGUGGUGGUCUCGAUGCACAUGAAUACUAUCAGGAAAAAUGGGUUUUCAUUGGAAGAGAAUGUGGAUGCUCCCCCUGGGAACCGUUAUAGAUUAAAAGCCGUUCCCUUCAGUAAGAACAUAACCUUUGGAGUUACAGAUGUGAAGGAGCUCAUAUCUAUUUUGACUGAUAGUCAAGGAGAAUGCUCAAUGAUGGGUACUUAUAAGAUGGACACCUCCGAUUCAGUUUGCCCCCCAAGAGUACGUGCAAUGUUGGCAUCACGUGCCUGCAGAUCGUCUGUUAUGAUUGGAGAUCCACUUGGAAAAAAUGAGAUGCAAAGGAUAGUUGAGAGAUUGAUGGAUCUAAGAUCUCCAUGGAAUUGUCCACAUGGUAGACCGACAAUGCGUCACUUAGUGGAUUUAACAACUGUGCAUAAAAGUUCCGAUGUAGAUGAUUCAACCUUGUGACAAACUCACAAGACAUCCUGUAAUCGUCCAUGCGUUGCCCAUGUACAAUGUUAGUUUAGUGUAAAAACUCUCGGGGUUUGAAAGUUGCUAUGCUUGGAUGCAAGUAAAAUUCACGAAGGCUGGUUUCACGAUCUUCUGGUGUCUGAUUUAUCAUUUAUCACCAUGUUUCCAGCGGUAUAAUUUAACAGCUUUAGGUUCCCGAACAACAAUAGUUGUAGAUUACCCAGGAGUAAGCAAGUAUAUUGUAUCAUCUGAUUGGCAAAAA